AAAAUGUUUAACAAUAAUAAAAUUGUAAUUAUCAUAAAUACGAAAAUUGAGAAAUGGUUCAGACCAAAGGUUAAACAUAUUCCAAGAUAAACAUAUUUGGUAGUGAUAUAACAGAAGGAAUAUUAUGUAAAUAAUUUUACAAGUUCACUCAAACUCCUUCAUUGCGGUGCAAAAUAUACAAAUUUUCCAAAAAUAUGGCAGUGGAAAUUCAAAACCUUGUAAGGAAUGCAGAUGCAUUUUGUUUUGACGUAGAUUCUACAGUUAUCCAAGAAGAAGGAAUAGACGAGUUAGCAAAAUUUUGCAAUAAGGGUGAAGAGGUAUCCAACUUGACUGCCAAAGCUAUGGGUGGUGCAAUGACAUUUCAAGAAUCCUUAAAGUUACGUUUAGAUAUAAUAAAACCAAGUAUAUAUCAGGUUAGAGAUUUUCUAAAUUUGAAACCUCCAAGAUUGUCUCCUGGAAUCAGGAAAUUAGUGGAUCUUCUGCACAAAAGACAUAUUCCUGUAUUUUUAAUUUCUGGUGGUUUCAAAUGUAUAAUAACACCUGUUGCCGGUCAGCUGCAAAUUCCCCUUGAUCAUGUUUUUGCAAAUAGACUGAAAUUCUAUUUUACAGGUGAGUUUGCCGGAUUUGACGAAAAUGAGCCAACGUCCAGAAGUGGUGGUAAAGCUGUGGUCAUAAAUCAUAUAAAAUCUGUUUAUAACUUCAAAAAUGUCGUAUUGGUUGGGGAUGGCGCCACUGAUCUUGAAGCAGCUCCACCAGCAGAUGCUUUUAUAGGAUAUGGAGGUAACGUUAUUCGACAAGCAGUAAAAUCAAAAGCUAAAUGGUUCAUUACUGAUUUUAAUGAAAUAAUCGAGGUACUAAAUCAAUGAUAUUAUACAUCUGUAGUUUUAUUUUAAUACAUAGUGUUUUUAUUGACAAAUAAAAAUUGUUUUUUAUAUAAA